AUUGUUUAUUACGACUUGGAAGUCUUUGAUGGUGUUUGUAUCAGUAAGAUCUAGCGUAAUGAUUAAGUCUCUGUCUCGUUUUUACGUUGACGUCGAAUCGCCUUAAAAUCCAACUCGCUUACUAACUCAUCUGAGUUGUAAAGUUGACCAAAAGAUAUUUUUUCUACAGUUUGUAACUGAAAUACGUCAAGCCGAAAAGUGUCUGCAGCGCUGUAACCAUUUAUUAUUCACUUUGUAGCCACGUUCGACGUUUACAAGAAAUAAGAGAGGAAUGUCCACAGUUUUGCUCUUUAAGAUUAAUUUCUUCGUUAUUUUCUUCUAGCGGCACCUUCAUAUGAUACACGUUCUGAGAAUGAAUUAACCAAAAAUAUGAAUAAGAGACUCGUUUACAAAUCCGGUUUAUCGCCAAACUUUCUAAAGUGCACACUCAAAUAAACAUUCUUAAGAACGUUUUUACCUUGGAGCAAGCGGAUUUACUAUGAUGUAUGCAUAUAGAACGCAAUAUAUACGUGCAAAAUGAUACGCACUAGUACUAUUUUGUUUCAGUGUCCAUUACGUUGACUGUAAUCAAACUGACUCUGGAAUUAAUAAGAGUAUUCCAUUUGAUUAGGUACUAUUAAUUAUGAAUCUGUCAUAGAUAAAUGAUAACAAUCUAUCAUAAUUUAUGUUAAAAGCCUGUUUGUGACUACCGCUGCAAAGAACCUGCCAGUACAGAUCGUGAAAAUUCAAUCAAAUUAAGAAUCUGCGUCUGAAAUAAAUAGAGGCGUGUAAUACUAGUUAUUAAUUUGAAGAUUGUCUACACCAAGCAGUUUAAAAAAAUUAGUUAGAAUUUUAAUGUUUGUUCUACAGAGGAGUAAUUCAAAGGAUUUAUGUGGAAAUACCUAAAUUCUAACAAAUAGGGUAAGUGUGGAUUGAAAGACGGUCAUGGUGGCUUAAGACUAUGCCGGUAUGACAAAAGAAAGAUUAAAAGAGAGAAGAUCAAUAAAAGAGAAGAAAGAAGAAAGUUUUGACUUGGAACUUUCAUAAUUUCAACAGUCUUCAAAAAUACGACAUUAGGGGGCUGGGACAUACAUCAACACUUAACGGAACUGUGUAUUUGAUGGCGUCAGUAACGGCGGGCAGCACAACUUGGAAAACAGGACACGAUGCUUAUUCCUUCUCAGAGAUCAAUCAAACCAAUGAAAGUCUUGUGGAUUUACUGCCUGCCAGUUUAGUGCUUAUUUACAACAUUUGUGUUAAGUAUCUAGCAUUCAUGAUAUGGACAGUUGCGGUUCCUGCAAACAUCUUGAUUGUCAGCAUCUUGACAAAGGAGAAGCAUAGGACUCCAUCUACCUGUGUUUACUUUUUGUCGCUAGCCUUCGCCGACUUGUGCGUUAAUUUUCGUACUUUUAAUUUUUGGUUAGUACGAUCAAACUUAGUGACAUACACUUCUGAUUUUGAAUGUCAAAUAGAAAAAGGAUAUCCACUUCUAGGUAUGCUUGCUUCUUCCUGGACAUUGGCUACUAUUUCGGUGGAAAGAAUGUUAAGUGUUUGUAUACCAUAUAGAAUGAAGAAUGUGUGCACAGUAAAUGUUGCUAGAGCCAGUGUUGUCACUAUCUGGAUGGUAUCAAUAAGUAUUGCACUACUCAACGGCUGGUUUCAUCACAUGGGAGAAGUAAAUUGUGAAAUUAAAAAUGAAUAUCGUGAUUUUUUCAUCGACCAUAUUGUUCAUCUGGAUUAUUGCUUAGAUGUUGUCAUUCCAUUUUUCGUUAUUUUAUUCAACUCUGUAAUAACGAUCGUGCGGCUACGCUCCAGAAAAACUAGUUCAAAAACAGUACCAAAAGCUUUUGGAAAGUCAAUCUCCAUUUUAGUACUUGUCAUCAGUGCCAUAUUUUUCAUUACACAAGUCCCUUACGGAAUUGUUUUUGUUGUUCAGCAAGUUAACUUACGAUCCACCUCAAACUUACGGAUGUGCUAUUUGCUUUAUCUGGAACGUAUUCUGUUGGUUUUAAAAUACGUCAACUAUGCAUUGAAUUUUUACAUAUACUUUUUGACGGCGUCGCAGUUUAGACAGGAAACUAAGGAGGUAUUUAUUUCGUGUAAAGAACGUUUCUUUGCUUUUUGCGUCCGUUUGACUAAGUGCUGCAACCGAUAAAAUAGGAUAAAAUAGAAAUAGAACAAUAUGUACAUAUCAAAUGUUAGAUGUUUGUAGCAAAGAACACACUUUUACUCACUUGAUAGCAGCAGAUGAAACAUACUAUUGUUCCUUACUGAUGAAAACUUGUGAAAAUCUGAAUAAAAUGAACACGUUUAUUUCAUUUUGAGCCUCUUAACUUUACCUUUUUCUUUGUGGGCGAACAAGUCCGCUUAAAUGUCUGUUAAGGUUGUUCUGCGCGUUUCAUUAACCUAAAGUAAUGGUGUAACGUCAUUUAUCUGGAUAACGUAAAAUAAAGCCUGGAGAUGUUGUACGGAAAUGAAAAUCGUUUUAUAUCAUGAUGGCAACUCGUGACUAAAUCUAUCAAAAAUGGCAACGUUACUUCUAAAGUUAAAAUAUGACAUUAAAACUUUUGACACUUUAAAAUUUCCAAAUAAUGUCUUAAAAUCUACAUGUAAUAUGUGGAUCUUAAUUAUGGGCAAAUAUCCCCAAAACAAGCACAUGGACCUAUACAGACAUUUUAUUUCAUCAUAUUACAGACCUUAUAUUUAUUGUCGACUCUAAGAAGUUUCAUUAAAAUCUACAUUGUAGAAAAAUCUACUGGCGAAAAUGUUAUCGAAAUCAUUUCAAUUUUUCCAAAGACACCCAUUAUGAAAACUUGUGUGAGCUCCAUUUUGUUUCAAAUCAGUUAAGUGAAAUUCAAGCACACAACCUUAUCGGUAUCUUUGCCGAACUUCUAGGUAUAUUCUAAAGUUUUGAAAAUGCAGGGUUUUUUUUAUCAAAUUCUACAUUGUAGAAAAUAAUUGAUAUGAGCGUUCAGAACUACCUUAAUGUUAUACGAAGCAAUUUGUCUAAGUACAGUGACACGUUUCAAGACCGCCAUCCAGACUUUGAAGAAUACAAAAUGCUGAAAAGCAAAAUAAUUGCCGACCUUCGGUUAAAAUAACUCCAACCUGUGAUUCAUGUAUUCAGCCUUACAUAAAUGUGACAUUCCAUUCAACUUCAUUUUAAAUACUGCAUGAUCAUUCAUUUUGUUUUAUACUUUCUAAGUGCAAUAUUGAGAAACACUGAUAAUGCAUCUUGCAUAUUUCGAUUAAUGUAUUUAUUUUUUUUCCUGCAAUUCAGCAUAUUUUUAUAUUUUCUCUGCAGUUAUUCAUAUUAUCUAUAUCGCGGCACUGGUUUUUCAGAACUAUAUUAUUAAUAAUAUCUUUUUGUGAUGAUUUCCAUAUCAUUUGAAAAAUAAUAAAUAUAAAUAGUAAAGUUAGUUGUCUCAAACAUCUUUAUUAAUUCGAUGAUGCAUGUAUACAAACUCUUCAUAACCGUUGAAUCAGACAUGCUUUUACAAUUUCAUUUUAUUGCCGAUGUUUACCAUUGUAGAAUACAAAAUCGUUAUCUCGACGUUGAUGUUUGUCUCAUUUAUAACAGAAAAUAUUUUUUUUGCUUUUUGUCUGUAGAGAUUAAACUUACAUCAACAACUAAGAGCGUAUGGGUUAUGUAUAUUUUAAAGCUCCUUUUCCUCGUUCACCGAAAACAUUCUCUCUAUACAAUUAUUGUAGUAGAGCUGUUCUAUAAAAUGACAGACCUGUUUUGCAUUUUACACAGCAUUAUCUGCUACUUUUAGCUUCUUUAUUCUAAGCAUUUUUCAACACGUUUAAAUGUUUCGACAGCAAAGAUUAAAACACAUUUCGUACUGUAAACAUAGUGCUGUCUAGUCAUAGUUUAUGUAAAACCAUUGAUGUUCGUGGAUUUCGUGAAUGUGUCUAUCCCAAAAUUAAAUUCGCAUUCAUUUUAUCUUUAAAAACGACGAAAUCAACAAACUCUUACCUGUACGAAAUAAACGAACCGUUCUGACUGCAUCAAAUUAAAUAUCAUGCCUACGCAACAUUAACUAUAUGGCAGUCAGUGCGAUCAUUUUUUCGAAAAAGUUGCAAAAGGUUUUACUUUGCCAAAAAGCAAGGGAUAACUUACUUUACAACUAAUUAAUUGAUCACCUCUGCAAAUUAUUUCUGUAAAAAAAAAAGAUCCCUAGAUAAUUAGAGGACUGUUUACCGAUAAUCUCGUCAAGUAAUCAUUCAUCCAUUUCUUGAAGAUUCUUUAGAUAAAAUUAAUUCCGUUUGAAAUGUAAAAAGGUGAUUCUUCACACAUUUACAGAUAUUAUUACUGGAACCGUACAAAGAAAGCCCGGAGUUUGGAACACGUGCGUAUUAUUCUGAAACGACCUAGACGAGGUUUAGUUGUUGGCGAUCAUGUUGAUAUGCAAAACAUGACAUAUCUGUUGUUUUUUUGUUUGUUUGGUUUUUUUAAUCUAACGUUCUACAGAUGUAUUUCUUAGUUCUGAUUUCCUGAGGGACUUACAGAUAUCUUACAGAUAAUAAUAUUUUACAGUAACCAUUGAAAAUAACUGUAGGGACAAAAUAUAAUUCUUGAGUUGACAAAAACUCGGGUGUCUGAAUGGGGUUUGAAUCUGUAUGUUGAGACACUCCUUUUAUAAUUAGCUCUAGGUUUUAAUGUAUUUGAUGUACUUGCGCUAAGAAACACUUUUUCCUAUUUUUUAAUCAACUUUUUAACAUGACAUACAUAACAGAUAGGGUGGAUCAAAGUUGAGACAUUAUUAAGAACAACAUAUUUCAACAUUUUCAUUUUUUCUUCUUCUACUUAUAUUGAGACCGGGGACGUUAAUAACUUCCCAGUCUGACAUUCAAACAUUAUAUUGGGUACGUGAAUUAUUUCUUGCAUCAUUUUUAUCGAUUUUUCAUCUCGUUAAAAAGUUCAUGCUAAAGAACAAAUGUAUAUCAUUAUUUUAAUGAACAUAAAUGUUUAUGUGUUUAUGAUAAAAUAUUUGUUAGCUUUG